AUGGCAGUCAGUUACUGCAAUGGACUCCAGCCGGACCUCCCCGACCCUUCCCAGCCUCCCCCUCCCCUGCUGCCCAAACCAGACAAGGCCAAUGCCCGGCUGCAGAAACUCAUCAAGAAGAGUGCCAAGAAGAAGGCCCGACCCUCUCAGACCCCCAUCCCCUUCCGUUCCUGUCUGUCCCCCGUACAUGAAGCCUCGGACCUCGAACACAGCGACACCCACUCGACUCCGCCACGGUCACCGGACUGCGUUUCCCCCAUUAGGCCUCUGUAUGAUCAACACCCCCCCUCUACGUUCUCGUUCCCCCCCAGUCGUCCAUAUGGUAGCAGUCCUUACGGCCAGACAGGGGUCUUCCCCCCAAAGGACUACACAGCUCCCAUCCUGACAUCAGAGGACCUGGUGGCACCCCUCUAUGAGUGCUCCUCCUUUAUGUUUGACGAUGAUGACAGAGAAAGCACAACGCCACCCUCACCUCCGCCACCCUCACCUCCGCCACCCCCACCCGUACCUGAGUUCUCACAAGGCCCAGCAGCUUACCAGUAUGACUUGUAUUCAUCUGUAGCACUGAAUUCGUAUGGGUCGGUGGCCAUGGCUACUGUAGCUCCAGACCCAGUCCCCAGUGUCCCACAAUCAGCUCCCCCAGCUCCCGGUCCCACUAAGAUAUCAACCCAUAUUAUACAAUCAGCUCCCCCAGCUCCAGGUCCCGUUAAGAUAUCAACCCAUAUUAUACAAUCAGCUCCCCAAGCUCCCGGUCCCACUAAGAUAUCAACCCAUAUUAUACAAUCAGCUCCCCAAGCUCCCGGUCCCGCUAAGAUAUCAACCCAUAUUAUACAAUCAGCUCCCCAAGUUCCCGGUUCCACUAAGAUAUCAACUCAUGUUAUGACUCUUUCCCCACCAGCACCUAGUGGUCUGAGCCUUGGUCCGGGUCUGGCUCCGUUACUGGCUCAGGUCCAAGUUCCGCUCCCACCUCCUGCUCCAGUACCGGUGUCAGCUCCAACCCUUCAGACACGACCUCUUACCCCCACUCAGAAGGUGACGACACCCAGUAAGCCAAAGGAUGAGGCUCCAAAGCACACGCCAGCUUUGGUCACUAAUAACCUUGGCACUGAUGAUCACAUUAUGAGCAAUGUGGCUUCUGAGACGGUCAGCACGCAAAUAACUCAAGCUGAUUCCAGCAAAGUCAAACAGUCUGACGUCGUCCAACAAACUAGGUUUUACACUUCCAAGGCAACAUUUUACGAAAUCUCCAAGCCUGCACUUCCAGACAUAACAGGAGUAAAUAUAUUGUAUCAAGGAGCAUCGUUAUCCACUAUACACAGGGACAAAUCACCAAUGACUUGUCACCAAAGUGAGCCGGCAAUCCCAUAUAAAGUUGCGGUGGCAAAGACCCCUUCUGGAAGACCGAAAACACCCUCACACCACCCUUCAAGGGGAAGACUGACACCUGUUUUCGAGAUAUCGAAAGCCAAUCCACUCUUGUUCGCUGCAAGUCCAGUCUUCUUCUCCUCUGGGGAUGUGCAUGCCUCGGUCGUAACCACGGAGACAGAGAAAUCCAAGUCACCAAUGACUGUUACCAGUACUCCCUCAGCAGCAACCAAACAACUAAAACCAAUUGGAUCUCCCUCAGCUAGAGAUACAUUCCCCACUACCAUAGGAGGUUCUAUGGCUAAUUUAUCUUCUGUGUUCAGCUCCUCUCAGGAUGUACAUGUCUCAGUCAUAAACACACAGAGAUUCAAGUCACCAAUUACUAUUACCAGUACAGCCCAAACACCCUCAGCAAUACCUGUUAACAGUAGAGUCAAAUCUCCCCCAGCAAUACAUAUAACCAGUACAGCCCAAACACCCUCAGCAAUACCUGUUAACAGUAGAGUCAAAUCUCCCCCGGCAAUACAUAUAACCAGUACAGCCCAAACACCCUUAAUAACACCUGUUAACAGUAGAGUCAAAUCUCCCCCAGCAAUACCUGUUACCACUACAAGCAAUACUCCCUCAGCCGCAGCAGAACCACCGAAACCAAUAGGAUCUAACUCAGACAAACAUUUACAAGGUCUGACCAGUGUUGAUAGAAGUACAACUCAUACGAAUGGAAUAACAACCAACAUGGAAGGGUCUACGGCUGAGAUGUCUUCUGCAUUCAGCUCCUAUCAAGACGUACAUGUCUUGGUUAUAAACAAAGAGACACACAGACACAAGGAGGUGCAAGAUACAGCUACUACGCUAGGAUCUGUGACUAAUAUAUCUCGUGCCUUCAGCUCCUACCGAGAUGUACAUGGCUCAGUCGUAAACACACAGAGACACAAGUCACCCAUGCCUGUUACGAGUAGAGUUAAAUCUCCCCCGGCGAUGACUGUUACCAGUGCAGCCCAAACUCCCCUAGCAAUACCUGUUGCCAGCAGAGUCAAAUCUCCCCCAUCAAUGCCAGUUAACAGUAGAGCUAAAUCUCCCCCAUCAAUGCCAGUUAACAGUAGAGCUAAAUUUACCCCAGCAAUGCCACUUACCAGUAGAGUCAAAUCUCCCCAAUCAAAGCCUGUUACUAGUGCAGCCAAAACUCGCUCAACAGCCACUGAACCACCAGAAUCAGCUGGAUCACCAAAUGGAUCCCACUGUGCCAAUGAUCUCAGCACAACCACCUCCAAACGGACAAACUGCACCGAUGAUUUCAGCACCACAAGCACCUGCAAACACUGUGCGAACGCCAAUGAUUUCAUCACCUCAAUCUCCAUUGACCCUUAGAUACCCAGACUCUCCUAUAAUUGGCUUACGUAAAGUUCUAGCACCAUUGAUAGAGCAUCAAAGGACCCCUACAUCCCAAAAACCUAAAGCCCUGUCGACAUAUUACGGACUGACUCCGGCUGAGUAUGUUGCCUAUGGUGGGAUCCGGACAUACUAUGGUUCUUCUGGACCUAAAGUUAAUGAAUCAACACCAUCACCAUCCACUGCACAGACUAAUGGAUUACCAAAUGGGCCUCGUCCUCCUUUUAUCUCUAAGCCUGAAACAUCCCUCACAGAAUCAAACACUCCCAACAGUGAACAACAAAAACAUACCUUGCCAGGGAAGCAUUCUACUGUUCCAGCACCUUCACCUGCAACUGGCUGUUCUCAGACACCAACAGAUAAGGUAGCCAUAUCUAAACCCAAUGCAUCAGAAGUUAAUAAAUCUGAAGCACCUGCUAAUGCAAUACAAACUGAUAUAACACCUACUGUGGACAUAACAAAACCUGAACAUCCAUUGGCCUUGGGACAGCUAACUCUUGCCCCCAGCCACCAGUGAAGACCCCACACCAAAGGCCUCUCAUUCUGAGGCUCCAAGACCAGCAUCUGAAGCAGGUGUGGUACACACAACCAGACCAGCUCCAUUUCAAAUAGAGGCUCAGCUAAAUGAAACUCCUUCAUUCCCGAUAUGUAGGAAUGUUGUGUCAAAGUCCCCGUUUCCUUUCAGCAUUCCAAAUGCUGAAGUUUCACAAAAUCCAACUGUAGCAAAUAUUCCCCAACACAGUGGAAAGUCAGAGGCAGAUUCCACAGUCAUGCGUCUUCUUGUCAAGGCUAAUAUUAGCACAGACACUAAACUGCCCAGCAAAACUGUCACAGGAGCCCAAGUCCCCAACAACCCUGACAUAGGAAGCCAACUGCCCAGCCAACCUACUGCAGCAGCUAUACGACCAGGCAAGCCUACCAUAGACACCAAACUACCUAGCAAGCCUGGUGUGCCAACCAUAGGAACUCAACUCCCUCAUACACCUACCAUUGAAAGACCUACCAUUGAAACAGGAACCCAAGUCCCCACCAAACCUACUGUAGAAAACCAACAAUCAAGCACACCUACCAUUGGAACUAAACUUCCUAGCCCACCUACCAAAAUAGAACAACUUCCCAGCCCACCUAUCAUAGUAGCCCAACUCCCUAGUGCACCUAGCAUAGUAACCCAACUCCCUAGUGCACCUAGCAUAGUAACCCAACUCCCUAGCGCACCUAGCAUAGUAACCCAACUCCCUAGUGCACCUAGCAUAGUAACCCAACUCCCUAGCGCACCUAGCAUAGUAACCCAACUCCCUAGCACACCUAGCAUUGUAGCCCAACUCCCUAGCGCACCUAGCAUUGUAGCCCAACUCCCUAGCGCACCUAGCAUUGUAGCCCAACUCCCUAGCACACCUAGCAUAGUAGCCCAACUCCCUAGCACACCUAGCAUAGUAGCCCAACUCCCCAACACACCUACCAUUGAAACUAAAUUCCCUAGCACGCCUACAAUAGCAACCCAAAUCCCCAACAAGCCUUCAAUAGAACCUGUACUACCUGGCAAGUCUACCCCAGAAAAUAUUCUGCACAGUGUCAUGCAGUACUAUGCAAACCAUACCAUGAAGCAUUUUGUAGAAACCAACUCCCACAAAGCAACUGAACGCAGACAAUCUACAAAGCCUACCAUUGAUGAAAAACCUUCCACCAAGUCCACCACUGAAACAAGAUUCUCAGCCAGCUCUACGAACGAAGGUAAACCGUUUACAAACCCUACUGUAGCAAAUGGGGCUUCGCUGAAACCGUCCCCAGAGCCUACACGUACUAACACACCUAUCAUACGUGCACAACCUUCGACAGAAAUGAGAUCCCCAUUAAGCCCUACUUUACAAGCUAAGCAUUUUACAAAGCCUGUUUACGACACUAGUUCCUCCCCAAAACCGGUCACACUUACUAACAGGCCUGCUAUAGUUAUACAACCUCCCACACCUCCCAUAAUAGAGGCCAGACCUCCCUCGACUCCUGCUUUAGAAACUAAACCCUCUAUGAAGCCUGUCAUAGAAGCUAGCGCCUCCCCAAAACCUGUAUCAGAGCUUCCUAACAAACCCACCGUAAAGGUCCUACCUUCUACACCGUCACGUAGACAUAACAGACCAUGGUCAACAGCACCUACGGAACCUAAAGCUGUUACAGAACCUGGCCUCGCAACUAAUAAGCCUACCGUAAAUGUACAGCCUUCGACGACAACCACCACAGAAACUAGACCCUGCUUCAGCCCUACUGUUGAAGCAAAACCCUUUACACAGCAUAAUAUGGCAACUAGAGUCUUUGCUAAGUCAUCCCCAGAGCCUAACCCGGCUAACAAGCCUACCGUUAAUAUACAAACUUCCCCAAAGCCUAUAGAAAGAGAACCCGCCUUAAGCCCUUUUAUCGAAGCUAAACCCUUUACACAGAAUAAUACGGAAACUAGAGACUUCACAAAACCUGCACAAGAACCUAAACCAGCUAACAUGCCUACCAUUAAUGUACAACCUUCCACAAAUCCUACUACAGAAAGUAGAUCCGGCUUCAGCCCUACUGUUGAAGCUGGACCUUCUGCAAAGCUUAUGGCGUCAAGAAACUGCUUUAGUCCCACUAGACCGUGGUUAAACCCUUCUACUGAAGCUAAACCCUUGACGAAGCCUGGCGUUGAAGCUUUUGCCUCCCUAAAACUGUCACCAGAGCCUAAAUCGACUAACACCACUGCCACAAAUAAACAGGCUUCCACAAAGCCUGCCAUAGAACGUAUGUCGUCCCCAAACCCUGCCGUAGACACUGUGAUAGAACGACCUGCCGUUACCAAAGUGAUUGACUCUUCCACUCCUGCCUCUCUGCCUCAGGCCUCAGCCUCUGUAAAAGCCCCGUCCACAAACAGAGGAACGUCAUCGCCAUCUCAGCCAAAGACUGGACAGAGAGACAAGGAGUCGCGGCCAAAGAUUGGACAGACAGAAAUGGAAUCGCGGCCAAAGAUUCAACAGAAAGACAUAACCCCAUCUCAGCCAAAGAAUGGACAGAUAGAAACAGAAUCUCAGACAAAGAAUGGACAGACACAGAGAGACACAAUGGAAGUUGUGGAAGCCAAUGCAUCAGGUGCACAAGGGAAAGCAGCCACACCUCAAGAGACACCCUCUACGAAGCCUACGACAUCAACUGCAUCUUCGACUGUUGACAAUGUAGACAAGGUAGACAAGCCCCGGGCUCCAACCGCUAAACCUAGCCCUGCUAAGGCUGCACUGAAUGCAAUGAAACCUAAAAGUCUGAAGGCCAAGUUCAGUGGCUGGUCGCGCCUCAAAAAACACAUGGUCGUUGAGCCAGAGGAGCCUCAGUUCCCAGAGCCUGAAUCUGGCAGUAAGGAUGGCGCCAAUGACAGUAAGAACACUGACCAGGCCAAAUGUAGUCAAGCUUCUUCAGCAGAGGUCAAAGACCACUCUAGGAAGGGCAAGGAAGUGCUGAAGGAGUCGGAGGCGCCCAGAGCAAUGAAGAUGUGGGACGCCAUGCUCUUCCAGAUGUUCUCCACCAAGGAAGCAAUCAUGCAGCAGAUCAAAGCUAGCAAAGCUCCUGAUUCUUCCGACAAGAAGAAAGACCGGAGAGAUCAGAACGAUAAGACACAAAAAGACAAUCAACAGAAAGAAAAUGCGAUGGAGGUUGUCCCCUCUUUUGCCAAACGCCUGCCGCUCAUCCUCUACAGUCCGCGGUUCGAUGCCAGAAAGAUAAAAGGAGGCUGCAGAGAAGCCGCUGGUGAAGAUGUCAGCUGUGUUCCAGAGGGGGCUGAUGAACCGCAAAAAUCAGGAUGGCGAAGGGAAGGACUUUAA